AUGGCGAAUAAACGAAAGCAGCCGGCGAAGUCGGCUUCGAAGUCAGCGUCCAAGGCGAAAUCCGACAAGUCCUCUCCCUCUGAACCUGCUCCGAAGAAGACUAAGCGUCAAAUAGAAACUGAGGCCAAGAAACUUAAACCGGGGGUUAAGGAUACAGAUUUCGUGGAGGAGGAAGAGAAGCCUGGGAAGAAGAAGAAGGUUGAGAAGGUUGAGGAGAGUGAUGUAGCGGAGGAGCCGGAGGGUGAGAUGGCGGAACAAGAGGAGGAGGAUGAAGUCGCCGGAGCCGAUAACGGAGACGUUCAUUUGAUGCCGGCACAGAGGAAGGCUAAACACCGGGAAGUGAAAGAUGAGGAGGAGGAGGUCAUUUGUCGGUUUUUGGAAGCCCCUGUUCCUGAGAGUGAGGCUCGCCUUAAGUGGCCUUAUCGGUUCGCUAUUAAAGAAAAGAGGAAGCUGAAAAGUAAUGGUGCAUCUAAGAGUUCAAAUGAGGAGGAUGAAAGUGACUCACUUAUUGAAGCAAGAUGCCAUUUUCGAAAGGCUGAAGUUGAUGGCUACACUUAUAAUUUGGAAGAUGAUGCAUACGUCCAGGCCGGAGAAGGACAAGCCAAUUACAUUGGUAAAAUUGUGGAGAUGUUUGAAGGAAUAGAUGGUGUACCUUAUUUCAGAGCACAAUGGUUUUAUAGGGCUCGUGAUACUGUUAUACAAGAAGAGCACGAGUCACUUAUUUAUGAAAAGAGAGUUUUCUUUUCUGUAGUCCAAGAUGAUAAUUUCCUUGAUUGUCUUGUUAAACCACUUGUAAUUGCCCGUCUGCAACCAAAUGUUGAUAUAAAGCGAAAGGAAGAAGAAAUGAAUUUCGACUACUACUAUGAUAUGAUGUACCACCUUCCUCACUGCUCGUUUGUGAGCCUCGAACAAGAUAUUCCUGAGGGAGAUGUGAGCGAAACUGGAUCUACGAUAUCCAGUGAUGUUGAGGGAGGUCUUGCUGCAGUUAGUGGUGCUGAGGGCAAGGAAGAAGAAAAUACAGAGAUGACUUUACUGGAUAUAUAUGCUGGCUGUGGGGCUAUGUCUACAGGAUUGACUCUAGGUGCCAACAGUGCUGGCGUGAAACUUGUUACUAAAUGGGCUCUUGAUUUAAACAAAUACGCAUGUGAGAGCUUGAAGUGGAAUCAUCCAGAGACCAAGGUUUUUAACGGAUUUGCUCAUGAUUACCUGAGUUUGCUGAAAGAGUGGCAGAAGCUGUGCGCUUCCUUCUCCUUAGUACAAGGCCCAGGACAUGAACUUAUAAACCUGGAUAGUGAAUCAGAUUCAGGCGAUGAAAAUGAAGAUGAUCAAGAUGAUGAAGAUGAUUCUAAUGAUUCCGAAGUGUAUGAGGUUGAAGAAAUUUACGAUAUAUGCUAUGGAGACCCCAAAGAAUGCGAUAAAGUUGGGCUUUAUUUUAAGGUUAAAUGGAAAGGAUAUGGGCCAACUUAUGACACUUGGGAGCCAAUAGAUGGUCUAAGCGGUUGUCAGCAGAAGAUUAAAGAUUUUGUAACAAAUGGCCAUGAAAACAAGAUUUUGCCUCUGCCGGGUAUGGUUGAUGUGAUAUGUGGAGGUCCACCAUGCCAAGGAAUAAGUGGAUUCAAUCGCUUCCGAGAUAAACUCCAGCCACUGAAGGAUGAAAAGAAUAAGCAGCUUAUUGUCUUCAUGGACAUUGUUCAGUUUCUGAAGCCAAGAUUUGUUUUAAUGGAAAAUGUUGUCGAUCUAUUCAAAUUUGCAUCAGCGUAUCUAGGAAGGUAUGCCUUUGCCCGCUUGGUGGCAAUGAAUUAUCAGGCUCGAUUUGGUCUCAUGGCGGCUGGAGCCUAUGGAUUGGCCCAGUUUCGAAUGCGUGCUUUUUUAUGGGCUUCUCUUCCAUCAGAGCGGUUACCUCAGUAUCCAUUGCCAACACAUGAUGUUGUUGUACGAGGGAAUGUCCCUGUAGAGUUUGAGUCAUGCUUUGUUGCGUAUGAAGCAGGUCAAACACCAGAGUUGGAAGAUAAACUUUUUCUUGAAGCUGUUAUUUCUGAUCUCCCCCCUGUUGAGAAUGGAGAGAAACGUGAUGAAAGGCCAUACACAAAUGAGCCUGAUAGCGAAUUUCAACAAUUUAUCAGAUUGGGGAAGCAUGAGAUGCCUGGCAGCACUUCCUCAAAGCCAGAAUUGUCUUCACCUUUGCUAUAUGACCACAGGCCUCUAUGUCUUAAUGAAGAUGAUUAUGCCCGUGUCCGAAGGAUUCCCAGGCGGAAGGGGGCGAAUUUCAGAGACUUGCCAGGCCUGAAAAUUGGUGCAGACAAUAAGGUGGAGCUCGAUCCUGAAGUUGAACGCGAAUUACUUCCCUCUGGAAAGCCCCUGGUUCCUGAUUAUGCAAUUUCUUUUGUGCGGGGAACGUCGACCAAGCCUUUUGGAAGGCUAUGGUGGGAUGAAACUGUUCCCACGGUUGUGGGUCGUGCAGAGCCUCACAACCAGGUUAUAUUGCAUCCGGAGCAAGACAGGGUGCUUACAAUCCGUGAAAAUGCUAGGCUGCAAGGCUUUCCUGAUUACUACAAACUAUCUGGACCGGUAAAAGAAAGGUACAUUCAAGUGGGAAAUGCGGUUGCUGUUCCUGUUGCCCGAGCGUUAGGGCAUUCCUUAGCAUUGGCUCUCAAAGGAAACUCAGGAACCAAGCCAACAUUUCGUUUGCCACAAGGAUAUCCUUUUCUGAAUGAGGGCAAUCUGGAAGUGCCGGAGUAG